GAGUGAAUUCCGAUAUUUUCAGGAGCGAGCUUAGGAGUCGCGGGCGGACGGAAAGGAGGAACUAAGCAGGCGAGUGACGACGGAAUGGAUUCGGAAACGGCGGAAUGAGCGCAUGUGCUGGGUUUCAUGGAGAGGAAGAAGCGUAGCGAGAGAGAUUCGGAGGCCGAGAGGGAGAUGUGUAUUCUGAUUGACUAGGUUCAAGGCAGAUUCUACGAGCGACAUCUCAGAGAGACAUGGGCCAAGUGUAACAUGAAUCUCUUGUCUGGGUUAUUGGCGGUCUCAGUCGUUGGCUCCCUCAGAUGUUGCGGACGCAUUGACAGGAGACUCUGUUUUCUAUGUGCUGGGACGAUGUUAUCUUGUCCCGCGGAAUCCGAGUUGGACAAGGAUCGAGGGCUUGAGGAGGGUGCGUUGUUACUUAAGUCAGUCAGGUGGUCAAAUUUGAUGGGCUAAAGGUCACCUUUGAUGGCAGUGGAGCAAAGCGAGCGAAAUUAUAAUUCAGUUCCUGCUAUUUCUUUUUCUUCUCCUUGUUCUCGUCCGGAUGACAAUUCAACGCAAUCUCAGCUCUGCUCCUCUUCUUCCUCUUCUUGUCUUGGAAGAAGAGGCAGCAGCAGCGGCAGCAGUAGCUCCGUGUCGACCACCACCACCAAGGUUUUAGCCCCAGGGAGCGGACCUCUGUCGCGCAUGGAUGAGGCCUCGCAAGCGUGUCUUCCCUCCACCACCUCCACUAGCGUUGCUUCGGAGACCAGCCGUAAUGUUCCUCAAGAAUUACCAUCCACUCUCAUCGCCGCUCCGUACCAACGUUCGCCUUCUUGCCAACCUGCUCACUCCCAUCCUCUCGAGGAUGACAAUUCAUCGUCGUCGAUCUGUAGCUCGUCUGCCUCUACUCAUCAAUCACGGCUUGCAGCAUCUCAGAGUCUAGAUAAUUCUCAAGAGGAUGACGAGCCCUCCUCGUCCCUCCUUGCGGUAGGAAACAGCGAAACUCGUAGCUUUCGAAAGUCUUCUCAUAGAGCGAGCAGCGCUCAAACAGCGUCUAACUCUUCCUGCUCUUCGGAAAGGGGGAGAGACGAGGAUAAGGAUAUUGGUGGAGUACAGGUUACCUUUAACGAACAUGGGCAGGGAAGGGGUAGAAGAUCAUCAGAGGAAUCGCAGCAUGGGCAGUUGGUACCGCUGUUGGUCUCACCUGCUGCCGAUCCAACCUACAAUGCAACUGACAUGCUCCUCGCAGAUUGGAAUGGAAGCCCCUUCGUUUCUUCGUACCAUGGCCACAAUGAUAAUUUUCAAGCAGGGGAAGACGAACCCGAGGAGUCGUCGAGCCAUGAUUCUCCCUGGCACAUUGAUAUUAGCAAGGUAGAGUUAGGAGAAAUGGUAGCAAGCGGCUCAUAUGGGAUGGUUUACAAAGGGCUUUACAAAGAUGAGAAAGUCGCUGUGAAGAUGUUGUUGAUUCCAGAAGCUUCCAGCAUGAAGGAAUCGAUGAAGUUGAAGUCUGGAUUUCGCCAAGAAAUCGAUGUCUGGUACUCUUUGAACCAUCCGAACAUAGUGCAGUUUAUUGGUGCUUAUAUCACUCCACCAAGAUGGGCCAUCGUCACUGAAUUUCUUCAUGGAGGCUCUCUUAGAGCUUAUCUUGUGAGACAGCAACGCAGAAAGCUCCCUCAAAGAACUAUACAAGCUAUGGCUUUGGACAUCGCGAGAGGUAUGGAGUACCUACAUCAAAAUAAUAUCAUGCAUCGGGAUUUGAAGUCUGCCAACCUUUUGUUGGAUGAAAACGGGAGAGUUAAAGUUGCCGACUUUGGUCUAGCCCGGUUUGAGACAGAGGACCCGGGCAAUUUAACUGCAGAGACGGGUACCAUUCGGUGGAUGGCUCCGGAGGUUAUCUGUCACAUGCCAUAUACUCGGAAGAUUGACGUGUACAGUUUUGGGAUAGUUAUGUGGGAGCUUUGCACGUCCCUCUUACCUUUUGAAAGCAUGUCAUUUGUUCAGCUCGCCCAUGCUGUCGCCAAUGACAACCAUAGACCCCCAACAUCUGAUGUGUCUUCCUCUACUUUCACCAAGCUCAUGACAAGGUGUUGGGACAAAGAUCCAUUGAGAAGGCCCGAUUUUUCUGAGAUUGUGCAGUUUUUAGAGACGGGCUAUUCAGCCAACCUUGAAACUAAAUUCAAAAGCAAGACAUCCACGAAUUUAUCGAGAUCUAGCAAAGGAAGUGCAAAGGACAAGUACAGUCGUCCUACUAUAAGCAUGCACGGUGGUCGCGUAGUGGGUCGCACAUCGAACACCGGGCCCUCAUACGUUGCCAAUCACGACGAUGAUGACGACGACCACGACGACGACGACCUUACAGAUGAGGACGAAUGGUUGAAUGUCAGACGACAAUGUAGAUGUACAAUUGUCUGACCUACGUUGAGUUAGCGAAGCGCAUUGGUUAGUCAACUCAAUUUCUGAGCUGCGUGCAUUUCACCUCUUUCCAAGCGUACUGGCUUGGACAACCAACCCAGUGAUUUGGCUCAAUACUAGAGUAAGUUUGCGGGCACAGUCUGUACAUAAACAAUUUUGCCCUUCAGAUGGCUGUCGGUGGGGUGCAAUGUCUCUUUCCAGUCGUUUGGAUCCUCAUCACAUUCUUGAGGUAUUAUGUUGGCGAGAAUCUGUCAUUCACUAAGACAGUAGGUCACACUUUGAAGUUUUGAAGAGCUUUGCUUUGCAAGCAGGUCCGAAACUCGAAGUAGUGGGGCUUCAUCAAAGGAGAUGUGAGUAUGAGCUUGGCAAUCCUAUUUCACAGAAGAUUGUUUACAACUUGUGGAAAGGAGCAAGACAGGCAUUGUAGCUGGCGCCUUACAUCUGUGCAGUGUCAAGAAUUUAUCCAAAAAUGUUGGAGAGGGCUGGCGUACAUGUUGUCAGAGGUUCAACGAGUUUUAGAGCAAACUCAGUUGUGCUGUACUAGCGCAAUGCGGUUAAGGUUAUUGUGCAAACAGCCAAUAUUGGGUUUGGGUGGAGUCCAGCGGAAGGUCAAAGAUUGCACGAGCGGAUACCAUGGCAGGACCCGCGGUAUGCUACCGGCAAUCUAGGAUACUCCUCACUACAAUGGUUCUGCUGAAAUUCUAGUGCAGUUGUUUAAAGUGUAUAUUAGCCUAGUUAGGAGCAAAUUUUGUGGACAUGAAAGCUUCUAUCAUGUACGUGAGUCUUAGUCAGUUGUUUCUUAGUCAUCUGUACCAGUAGUAAAAUCCCAUCUUCUAUCAUGUACGUGAGUCUUAGUCAGUUGUUUCUUAGUCAUCUGUACCAGUAGUAAAAUCCCAUCCUGUUGUUAUUCAUUGUUCCGUUUCCCACAUUAGAUUUUUUCAUCAUGAUUUUACCACGUUAGAUUUCCAUCUGGAUCAAUCACAGUACGACCACCCUGUCUUUUUGUUCAUUACAAGGGUACAUAAGGUUUUGCCUUCUAAACGGACUAGUUUAAUACCAAGGUCUUCAAGGCAUUAUACCUGGGCUUUUUCCGACUCUUGGAGUAUCGCAUGUCUUCCAUUACUCCUACAAGUGAAAAAGACCAGAUACCCCAGUUCAUACAUUUUGUGAAUAUGUAAAGGAAGAACUAGUUACCAGUGGACACACGUACAGGUACGCUAUUAGGAGGCUGAGAUAUAGUGCACGUGCAACUCAUUCAGCUGAAAUGGCAGAAAGUUUGGCCCCGAGUAUAGCGGUGCUUUUACCUGCUAUUUCGUGAUUCUAGUAGUGCUAUAUAAUACUCAACCGCAAUCGACUCCAUUGUGAGCCAAUGUAAAGUUAUGUGACGGUUAGUGCUGAGAGUGUCAAUGCAAUGGAAUUUGAUUGUGAAGC